AUGCCCUCCCUCCAGGACUACCACGUGCCAUACCCGGCAGCCGCACCCGGCCAGGUGCGCAAGGUCAUCUACCUGCCGCGGCAGAACCCCACUGUCGAGCAGCAGCACCUGCGCGUGCAGAUCAUUCCUGGCCGCCACGAGAACUGCGACGAUGGCCGCCUCUACAAGCUCACCGGUUCGGUGACGGAGGAGACGCUGCAGGGUUGGGGUUACUCCUACUACGUCGUCACACUCGGCGAUAUCUACGCCGCCCAUCGCUCCUCGAGCGACCCGGCGCGCGCGACGACCUUCGUGGCACUCGAUGAGAGCCCGGUGAUCGCCUACAAUAGCAAGCUCCCCAUCGUCGUCUACGUGCCCGAGGGAGCGGAGCUGCGUUACCGCAUCUGGACCGAUGACGCUUCACUGGCGCAGAGCAUCCAGCAGAAGCCCGAGGCCCCGGCCCUGCCACAGCCACACCUCGUCCCGGUAACAGAAGGGCAGGAGUGCCCCCAGGAGCUCCCCCGGUGCGGCGCCCCCAGCGAGUACGUCAGACAGGACUACAAGGCAUCGAUGCUGUCGGUUGAGGAGGUGCACCGCCUGUCCAACAACACGCCGCCCUUGAUACCGUCGGCAGUGCACGAGUCCGCCCACGAAGCGCAUGCGGCGCCACCUCUCCACUCGGCAGUGCUGGAGGAGCACGGGCGUCCGGGUAUGGAACACUUGGAGGUGUGUCCGAAGAACAACGGCUCCGAGGGUCGCGAGCAACCCGCGGAGGAGGCCUCGACCUUGAAGCAGCGGAGCAGCAGCAGCUCGUCGAAUCCGCGACAUCACAGCGCUAACGAGUCGUCUCCGAGCCGCCCCCGCCUGUCGUCCACGGCGUACUGGCCACAGGAGAACUCAAAGACGAAGCGCUCUCCAUCUGCCACACACAAGCCGCGCCGCAGCACCGACAGUGCCGCCAUCGAGGAGACCGGCGUCGGCACCCCGAAGAAGAAUCGCAGCAGCAGCGGCAGCGCGUCCAACAAGAGGAAAGCAGAAGACGACGUCUACGAGAAGACAAUGAAGAACUUCUGGAACCGCGCCCGCAGCGACUCGCCACGGAAAGCAUCUGCCUCGUCCACGAAGAGCGGCAACGGCAGCAAGGCAGACCCCGUAGACGGGAAGUAG